AAUUAACGAUUAAUGAAAGAAAAUAGAUUUAACAAAAUCAAACAAGAAUUAACCGGGAAAUGACUAAAACUCCAAAUACAUAUAUAUAACAAUUCGACACAUUUUCAAUUCGUUAACUAAUUCUUAAUUAAUUUCAAAUCCAUCAUCUACUCAUCAUUUAUGUAAAAAAAAAAGACGUAACAAUUACAUAGAUUAAUCAUGGGACAUAGAAUUUGGAUUCUAUAUGCAUGAGAUGGUUAUAAUCUCUAGUCAAAAACAAAAUCUAAUCCUUAUCAAUCCACGCAUGUUAAACCACUUGAGCUUUCACUCUCAAAAACUCCAACCACGAAAACGUUACCACAACUUCAUUUCUCAAUAAAAAUAAAAUUAAAUUAAAAUCGCGCUACUCGGCCUAAACCGUCAUAAAACCCAACAUAACCGCAAACUCACAAGAACACCCUUUUCAUGGCUCUCAUUGCAUCAACCCCUAACUCCAAACUAUUCAAUCAAUCUUCCAUUUAUCUCAACAAACCACAACCUAGUACAACUCUACGUUACAACUUCAAACUACCCAUUUCGAAAAUUAGCCUUUCCAAACGCUUAGCAUUAACGACUCAUAUACUCAUUUGCCAAUAUGGGGAGUCACCAAAUAAUGCUCAUAAUGAGGCAACAAGAAGUAAAAGGACGACGAGGGUUUCGGCCAUUUCAACACCGGGGUUGGAGUCGUAUUCCCAUAGGAUUUGGUGGUCGGACGUUGUCGUAAAGAGUCCAACGAAUGUACUUGUUGAAGGAAAAUGGGAUUCUAUAUCAAUUGGGAAUUUAGGUGCGGUUGUUAUGAUGCAUGCGUUAGCUCUUUAUGCACCAUUUACGUUUAAUUGGGGUGCAUUUUGGGUGGCUGUGGUUUUGUAUUUGGCUACGGGAUUGUUGGGUAUUUGUCUUUCGUUUCACCGGAAUUUGGCUCAUAAGAGCUUCAAGCUACCAAAAUGGCUUGAGUACGUCUUUGCUUAUUGCGGAGCAUUAGCCCUUCAGGGAAAUCCAAUUGAUUGGGUGAGCACACACCGGUACCACCAUCAAUUUUGCGAUUCGGAGCAAGAUCCACAUAGCCCACUUGAAGGAUUUUGGUUCAGCCACAUGAAUUGGAUGUUUGAUGCUAAAAUUGUUACCGAAAGGUGUGGUGAGCCAAACAAUGUAGGAGACUUAGAGAAGCAACCAUUUUACAGAUUUAUGAGGAGUACAUACAUUUUUCACCCACUAAUGUUGGCAGGUCUACUUUAUGUAUUUGGAGGAUUUCCCUACCUCGUUUGGGGAAUGGGAGUAAGGACUGCAUGGGUAUAUCACAUAACAUGGUUCGUGAAUUCUGCUAGUCAUGUGUGGGGAACUCAAGCUUGGAAUACAGGCGAUUUGUCAAGAAAUAACUGGUGGGUGGCAUUACUUUCAUUUGGGGAAGGUUGGCACAAUAAUCAUCAUGCUUUUGAAUACUCGGCUAGGCAUGGUUUAGAAUGGUGGCAAUUUGAUAUGACUUGGUAUACCAUCAAAUUUCUUCAAGUUAUUGGUUUAGCCAAGGAUGUGAAGUUACCUACUGAGGUUCACAAGCAACGUUUGGCAUUUGAAAAUGAUGGAAUAUAAACUUGAGGAAACAAAGAACACAUUUUGCAAUUGGAUGCAUUUCUUUUGUCAUCAUAAUAACGUAUAUUUGUAUAACUUGUUAUAGAGAAAUUAAAAUUGACCGUGAAAUUUUGAUCCCAA